CGCGGUCGGUGACGGCUUGGCUCGCGGCGCGCGCGGCGUUACCCGGGCCGCUGCUGGGCAACGAGGACUUAAACAGCUCGUGCGCUAGCGGCUGACAGCGGCUCCGCCGGUCCCUGCGCCACCCCGCUGAGGCUAGCUGCUAACGCUUAGCUCGUUGGGAGAUGCUGGAGUCCAUAAAAGUCACAGAAAGACUGCACUGGCCAGAAGUAGAAAUGUCCAAAAAGUACAUCUUCAACACCACUGACAAACCGGCGAGUCCGAGCGAAGUGUACAUAGAGAAGCUUUCCUCCGGUGUCCUCAAAGACCUCUUCACCUCUGGAACCAGCAGCUACAAUGUCCUGUUGCGGGCCAAGGACGGAGAGGAGAGACAGAGCUGCAAGCAUUCUCCUUACAGAGAGCCUAAGACGUCUGUGAAGAGUGCUUCCACGUUGUGUAAAAGGAACUACCAUCCAUGCAUGGCUCCACUUGGGGUGCAUGUCCAAGAGGGAGGUUGUCAGACCAUACAGCCAGAUUAUAUCCUCUCGGGUUGCCUCUCCAAUGUCACGAAGCCAACACGGAACAGCAGCAUGCUGGGCAGUGCCAUACGCUUAUCAUCUCGCUCAGCUUCCUGUCAAAGGAAGGCGAGCGUUCCCAACCUGCCAUGCACCAAGUUUCCCAUGCUGCCCAGAUCAGCAUUCCAACAGAAAGCAGAGAAUGCCAAGAAACUCUGCAUCAUCACUGCAAUCAAACCAUCAAAUGUUGAGAGGGAGAAGGUCAAGUUUUUCAAGUCUGACUUCACCUACAACCCCCAGUUUGAGUACAGCAACCCCCUUUCUCCGCUUGUCCUGGCUCGACAUAGCAAUGCCUCAGAUCGUUUUCUGAUGCAGGCGGUGAGGAUUAUGGAGGUGGCCCUGAAGAGGUACGGCAUCUAUGAGAGGUUCGAGCAGGCUACGGGGGGCAACCUCCUCACCAAGAGUCGCAUCUGGUACAAUGUGAAGAAGUACAUGGAGAAGGAGGGCUGCACGGGGGAGAUAGUGGUUCACGUGACAGAUGACCUUCUUUCUCGGGCCUCAAUGACUGUGACGAACGGCACACCCACAUUGACCAUCAACAUCUCCAGCGCCCGGGAGUUCUGGCUGGAGGGCCUGCUGAGGCAUGAGAUCGGCACGCACUAUUUCCGCAGCAUCAACAACAGCCACCAGCCAUGGAGCAGCAGCGCCGGCAGGAGGAAGCACAACCUGAAGCCUGUGAACCCCACCGAGGAGGGCCUGGCCAGCAUCCACAGCGUCCUGUUCAGGAAAGACCCCACGCUGUGGCGCGCGGCCCUGCUCUACUACACCGUGUACCAGGCCAGCCAAAUGUCUUUCUCCCAGCUCUUCCGCAGCUUGGGACGGUUCGUCCAGGACCCCAACACUCGCUGGGACUACUGUGUCCGGGCCAAAAGGGGCCAGACCAACACCGCACUGCCAGGAUGCUUCAGUAAAGAUCAGGUGUACCUGGAUGGCAUCCUUCAGAUCCUGAGAUACAGAGACAAGAUUGACUUCCUAAUGCUAAUGGCUCUGGGAAAGGUGUCCUUUGAGGAUGUGGAUCAGCUGAAAGGCUUGGGCCAGAUGGAGCGCGUGCGCAUCCCACACUUCCUACAGGACCAGGUGAGCUACACCAAGCAGCUGGAGAAGAUCAUGGAGGUCAACCAGCUAAGCGAUGAGGAGCUCAGGGUCAUCAUCUGAAGGAGGCGUCAAGGUCUGAGCACGCUCCGAUUUCAAACCAGUCUCGACCAACCUCACCCAGACCUCAUCUCGUUGAAACCCAAGUGACUUCACACUGAUGCCCGAGACGGCUCUGUAUGACGUCCCACCACCGCCAUCCACGCACGGUAGCAGAUUUUCUGCAUCAUGCUGUAUCGUAUGUUGAGACUGUCUCUCUCUUGUGUACUUCUGUAUCGGCCUCCUCCACACUUAAGAUCCUUCAGGAUUCCUUCUACGGUUGCUGUUAUCACUGCCACAUGUUCGCAGUGCUAUCACGUGUGUUCAUCUGGUGGGAGAUGACACAACAAAGUCAAAAGCCACCUGCUCAUUCAAUAUACCAAUGCCUCACCAGCAGGAGAGACUGGAGCAACACCCUGCAUCCGUUCUCCAUCAGUAGUGUCACUCAUACGCCACCUCACUAACGCAGUGCCUGUUGCAGCUGGUGGCUGUGUUGAUGAAUGCUAGCAGGAUGAGUUGAGCAGAGAUACGAAAUCAUCAGUCAAGGUAAACUACACCUUUUUUUAGCCAUGGAUAGCAUGCAGUGUAACAGUGCUAUCUGGAGAUUAAUAUCAUUGUGUUAGGCUGUAAUGGUGUGGCCUGCUCUCUGGACUCAUCUUCACAUUAAACUGAGUGAUGUCCUGGUGGUCUUAAUGUAAUGCACUAACAAUCCCUUCAAACUCACGCACACACACACACACACACACACACACAGUCUUGCUGUUUGCACUUUCUUACCUUUACCUUGCUUUCGAAAUGCACUGUCACAAGAGAUUAUGUUCUAGGUGCAGGUAAAGCCAGAUGAGAUGUGUUGUCUGUUACAAACCAACCCAGAUGCCUCCUAACCGAACCGUGAUACCUGAUCAAGUUUGUGUUGUUAAAACCCUGCAGGGGCCUAAUGCAGGUAGCAUGUGCUACGGUGUCAUCUCAAACAUACCCAGCUGUAUGGUGUUUGCAUGCAAUUUCCCAUUAUCUAAGCGAACUUUGUGGGCCCUCAAACAGCCCUGGAAAGUCCAAAUAAAGCAGA